AUGACUUCUCCAUUGAAGAACAUCGCCAUCGUCGGAGCCAGCGGCAGCAUUGGCAAGAUCAUUCUUUCAGGCCUUCUGAAUUCCAAGGACUUCAAUAUCACCGUCUUGACUCGCUCCUCCAGCGAAGCAACCUUCCCUGCCGGCGUCACUGUCCGCAAGUCCGACUUCUCCAGCGGCGACCUGCAGAAAAUUUUUAAGGGACAGGAUGCUGUGAUCUCCGCAGUGGGCGCAACUGGAUUUGCAGACCAGAAGAAGCUCAUUGACGCCGCUAUUCAUGCUGGUGUUUCCAGGUUCCUGCCCUCCGAGUUCUCGGCAGACAGCCUGAACGACGCUGUGCUUGGCCUGCUUCCUCUCUUCGGUCAAAAGAAAGAGGUCAUCGAGUACCUGAAGUCCAAGCAGUCCGAUUCUUUUACUUGGACUGGAGUGGCCACUGCUCCCCUGUUCGACUGGGGCAUUAACAAUGGCUUUCUUGGCUAUGACAUUGCCUCUCGCUCGGCUAUAAUCUGGAAUUCUGGUGACAAAAGAUUCACUGCCACCAAUGAGAAGCAGUUGGGUGAUGCUGUGGUCGCGGUCCUGAAGCGUCCUCAGGCUACUGCCAACCAGUAUCUCUACGUCUCCUCGGUCGAUACAACCCAGAAGGAGAUUCUGGCUGCUUUGGAGAAAGCCACGGGGGCGCCGUGGAGUACUCAGAAUACUACUACCGAGUCCGAAGUCAGCGAAGGCACCAAGAAACUCCAGGCGGGUGAUUUCAGCGGUGCUCUCACCCUGGUCCGCGCCACCACUUACGGCGACAUCCCCGGCUUGGGCUCUAACUAUGCAACUGAUAGGGUCCUCGCAAAUUUGCUACUAGGGCUGAAGGAGGAAAGCGUUGAAGACACUCUUCAGAGAGUUGUUUCUGAAUAUAAGUCUGUUUAA